UGAUCAGCGGACCCGCAGUGCUGACCAAAGCCAAUCUGUACAGCUCCCAGCUGUGUCCAAACGCAUACGUAUCGCUCUGCCCGUGUGCUUCCUGCACCGCCUGCGCGGAGACUAUAACUUUGAGCGUCUUGCGCACUGGCGAGCAGCGUGCCCUGACGCGAACUCUCUGGAUUGCAGUGAGCGGCACUAAGAAGACAGCUCGGAGCCUCUGUGAGGCGCGGCGCUGCACUGUACCGCGCCCUUCUUUCGUGAUUCGAGGCAAAUAGACCCGACUCCUUGAUAGAACGCCGUCUCGGGAACUGCGUCUGGCUAGGAUUAUAAAGAGAUUCCCAGAGAGUUAUCUUGCCCCCCUUCACCUCAUCCGCUAUCUGUGACGACGCAUCAACACUCACCGCACUGCUGCUCACCUUCCGACCUGAUAGAAAGCUGCCUCGCCACCAAGUUCUUGGAUCGAUUGUACCAAGCAUGUCUCCGGACGACUCUACUCCUUCUUCCUCAACGUCGCGCCCGAUCACCAUUCUUCAGCAUCCGGCGCUCGACGGCUCUUCUUCAUCAAGCUUUUUGAACUGGCGCAACGACGCGGAGAACAACUCCUUCCUGCCUUCGCUCGUCUCCCCGUCGUCCUCAUUCGACUCUGAUUCGCCGCUAUCUCCGCUCGAGCCCGCCUCUCCCUCCCUCACGCCCACCCUCACAUGGGAGACGGCCGCCGCCGAUGCCGCUGCAGGUGUCCACUACGUCAUGGAGACGUUCCCAGUACCCGGCUCGAUGGUAGGCCCUCCAUUCAGGAACGAGCCAAUACAAGUGAAUACAGGCGCGCGUGUGGUGGUGUUGGACGAGGUGGGAGACCAUGCACUCAGAGUGCGCGCACUCGACACGGACAACGUGGGGCUGCUGCCGAGGUGGAACGUGGAGGGCGCGCUAGAAAGACUUGCGAGGUUGAACAUGGAGUUCAACGAAGCGGCGACUUGCCCCGCUGAAAGGAGCCUCUACAGAAGAUCCUCUGGAAAAGACUCCAACAUAUCUGCUCGCGACGAGCAGGCUCUUGCACAUAGCCACGAUCGGUGUAUCCCGUUCUCGGAGCGGCUCCCUUUCUACUCGGUUGACGACUAUGACUACGACGACGGCGGCGGCGAGGACUUGUACGAGCGGUCCAUGUAUGCGGCGGAGCCUAAAGUACAACGGCCACGGAAGUCUGUGGGUUUCGCGCAAGUUGAACGACCAAUCGUGUUCAGAUAUCCCUCGCAGGCACUGGUAGAGGCUUACUAUGGCACAGCCGAGGAGCAGGAGGAGUUGGGGUCGGAUGAGGAGGGCGAGAAGGAAUGGUGGUGGGCGGGUUGGGAGGAGCAUCAAGAUGCGGUGAACCCAGACGACUGGUCCAAAAACCGACUCCUCGACCAACUGAAAUCUGGUUAAGUUAGCGCGUCCAUCGCGCGCAGCAUCGUUUGGAUGCAUACGAUACGCAAGUAUUCAUGAUUCUGACCGGCACGCAAGAUAAUUCCCGCCGCAUAUGCAUUGCAGCUCUUUCAUGCCAUUUUCGUUCCAAGACUACAGACUUUUAUCAGCUUACUUAUUCAAUAAUUGAACUUGCAUCGCAUUCCGGAAUAUCACCUGUUAUUAUAGCCUGUGCCUUUGCGAUAUGCUUGCGUCGCCAGUGGUAGCAUGCAUGAUCCUCUAGGAAUUCCUGUUCGAUA